GAGGAAGGAGCCGGACGACCUCCAGCCUGCUUCUCCUCUGAGCGUGUCUGUUGGGAGCUUGGCGCCGCCUGGAGCGGCUCCCUCGCGUUUAUCAGGGUCGGGAGGCGCCUGGACCGAGGCGGGCUGCGGGGAAGACCGCCUUGGAAGAGAAAGUAGAGAAAAAUGGCAAAAAUGGAAGUGAAGACAUCUCUUCUCGACAAUAUGAUCGGGGUUGGAGAUAUGGUACUUCUAGAGCCCCUCACUGAAGAAUCCUUUAUCAGUAAUCUCAAGCAACGUUUUGAUCAUAAUGAGAUAUAUACUUACAUUGGUAGUGUGGUGAUAUCGAUAAAUCCAUACAGAUUGCUACCUAUUUAUUCACCAGAGAAAGUGGAAGAAUACAGAAACAGAAACUUCUAUGAACUCAGACCCCACAUUUUUGCUCUGUCAGAUGAAGCAUAUCGAUCUCUGAGAGACCAGGAUAAAGACCAGUGUAUACUUAUAACUGGAGAGAGUGGAGCUGGAAAAACAGAGGCCAGCAAACUUGUGAUGUCUUAUGUAGCAGCUGUUUGUGGCAAAGGAGCAGAAGUUAAUCAAGUAAAAGAACAACUUUUACAGUCUAAUCCAGUGCUUGAAGCUUUUGGAAAUGCCAAAACCGUAAGGAAUGAUAACUCCUCUAGAUUUGGAAAGUAUAUGGACAUCGAGUUUGAUUUCAAAGGUGACCCGCUUGGAGGAGUUAUAAGCAAUUAUCUCUUGGAAAAGUCUCGUGUUGUUAAACAACCAAGAAACGAAAGAAAUUUUCACAUUUUCUAUCAGAUAUUGUCUGGAGGAUCAGAAGAUCUGCUUAAAAAACUUAAGCUGGAGAGGGAUUUCAGUCGAUACAACUACCUGAGCCUGGGCUCUGCCAAAGUAAAUGGGGUAGAUGAUGCUGCAAACUUCAGAACAGUUCGGAAUGCCAUGCAGAUUGUGGGAUUUUUGGAUCAUGAAACGCAGUCAGUUUUUGAAGUUGUUGCAGCCGUCUUAAAGCUGGGAAACAUUGAAUUCAAACCUGAAUCUCGAGUGAAUGGUUUAGAUGAAAGUAAAAUCAAAGAUAAAAAUGAACUCAAAGAAAUAUGUGAGUUGACAGGCAUUGACCAGUCAGUGCUGGAAAGAGCCUUCAGCUUCCGUACAGUUGAAGCCAAGCAGGAGAAAGUCUCUACAACCCUAAAUGUGGCUCAGGCUUACUAUGCACGGGAUGCUCUGGCAAAGAAUCUUUAUAGCAGAUUAUUUUCCUGGCUUGUUACCAGAAUCAAUGAGAGCAUUAAGGCACAGACAAAAGUAAGGAAGAAAGUUAUGGGAGUUUUGGACAUCUACGGCUUUGAGAUUUUUGAGGAUAACAGUUUUGAACAGUUCAUUAUUAAUUAUUGCAAUGAGAAACUGCAGCAGAUAUUCAUUGAGCUUACCUUGAAGGAAGAGCAAGAGGAAUACAUACGAGAGGGUAUUGAGUGGACCCACAUUGAAUACUUCAACAAUGCUAUAAUUUGUGACCUAAUAGAAAAUAAUCAAAAUGGAAUCCUAGCUAUGCUAGAUGAAGAAUGCCUGAGGCCAGGCGCUGUUACUGAUGACACUUUCUUAGAAAAAUUGAACCAGAUCUGUGCUACUCAUCAGCACUUUGAAAGCAGGAUGAGCAAAUGUUCACGUUUCUUGAAUGAUACUUCCCUGCCGCACUGUUGCUUCAGAAUUCAGCAUUAUGCAGGCAAGGUGAUGUACCAGGUAGAAGGAUUUGUUGACAAAAAUAAUGACCUGCUUUACCGUGAUCUGUCCCAAGCCAUGUGGAAGGCCAACCACUCCCUCAUUAAAGCAUUGUUCCCAGAAGGAAAUCCUGCCAAGAUUAAUUUAAAGAGGCCUCCGACAGCAGGUUCACAAUUCAAGGCUUCUGUAGCAACCCUGAUGAAGAACUUGCAAACAAAAAAUCCCAAUUACAUCAGGUGCAUUAAGCCCAAUGACAAAAAGGCAGCACACAUCUUCAAUGAGGCUCUAGUUUGUCACCAGGUUCGUUAUUUGGGUCUACUGGAAAAUGUCCGUGUCAGAAGAGCAGGAUAUGCUUUCAGGCAACCUUAUGAGCCUUGUCUAGAAAGAUAUAAAAUGCUUUGUAAACAGACAUGGCCACACUGGAGAGGCCCUGCCAGAACUGGUGUAGAGGUACUGUUCAAUGAACUGGAAGUCCCUGAAGAGGAAUAUUCCUUGGGUAGAUCAAAAAUAUUCAUCCGCAAUCCAAGAACACUCUUCAAAUUAGAAGACCUGAGGAAACAGCGCCUUGAGGAUUUGGCCACGUUAAUCCAGAAGAUCUACAGGGGCUGGAAGUGCCGCACGCAUUUCCUUCUCAUGAAAAAGAGUCAGAUUGUGAUUGCUGCCUGGUACAGAAGAUAUGCACAACAAAAGAAGUACCAGCAAAUCAAGAGUUCUACCAUCAUAGUACAAUCUUAUAUCAGAGGAUGGAAGGCCCGAAAGCUGCUUCGCGAACUGAAGCACCAGAAGCGGUGUCAGGAAGCAGUGACAACUAUUGCAGCCUAUUGGCACGGUGCUCAGGCGCGAAGGGAACUGAGGCGGCUGAAGGAGGAGGCUAGGAAUAAACUUGCUAUUGCUGUUAUUUGGGCUUACUGGCUUGGAUUUAAGGCUCGAAGGGAGUUGAAACGCUUGAAGGAGGAGGCUAGGCGCAAGCAUGCUGUUGCAGUCAUUUGGGCUUACUGGCUUGGACUAAAGGUCCGUCGAGAGUACAGGAAAUUCUUCCGAGCCAACGCUGGAAGGAAAAUUUAUGAAUUUAUACUUCAGAAAAUUGUGCAAAAGUAUUUUUUGGAAAUGAAAAAUAAGAUGCCUUCUUUAUCACCAGUAGAUAAAAACUGGCCAGCAAGGCCUUAUCUUUUCUUGGAUUCAACUCAUAAGGAACUGAAGAGGAUAUUCCACUUGUGGAGGUGUAAAAAGUACAGAGACCAGUUCACAGACCAAAAGAAGCUUGUUUAUGAAGAAAAACUGGAAGCUAGCGAACUUUUCAAGGACAAGAAAGCUUUAUAUCCUGCCAGUGUUGGACAACCUUUCCAAGGAGCUUACCUCGAAAUCACGAAGAACCCCAAGUACAAGAAACUGAAAGAUGCCGUGGAGGAAAAAAUUAUUAUUGCUGAAGUAGUAAAUAAAAUCAAUAGAGCAAAUGGAAAGUGCAGUGCUAGGAUUUUCUUGCUCACAAAGAAUAAUGUCCUCCUUGCCGAUCAGAAGUCAGGCCAUAUCAAGUCAGAGGUUCCUCUGGGGGACGUCACUAAAGUAUCCAUGAGCUCCCAGAAUGAUGGCUUCUUUGCUGUACAUCUCAAAGAGGGAUCUGGAGCAGCUGGGAAGGGCGAUUUCCUGUUCAGCAGUGAUCACCUUAUUGAAAUGGCCACCAAGCUCUACCGCACCACGCUUAGCCAAACAAAGCAGAAGCUCAGCAUUGAAAUAUCUGAUGAGUUCCUCGUUCAGUUCAGACAAGACAAAGUGUGCGUGAAGUUUGUGCGUGGCAACCAGAAAAACGGCAUUGUUCCCACUUGCAAGCGAAAAAACAACAGACUUCUCGAAGUUGCUGUACCUUAAUUAUAGAUACACAGAUGCUCUUACCUUGCAUGGACAAAUUUCUUUGUAAUGGUGCAAUUUUAUCCAUCGGGGAUUUUGUGGGAGCGGGAGGGGCAUUCUGCCAGCGGCCAAUAGCUUUGGGAAUUCCUUUCAAAAAGAUGCAACUAACUUAUCAACACACACACUUCUGGUGUUUGUAGGAUAACUUUUGGUUGAGAUAUACAGGCUUUGUCUGCUGAAAGCAUAUUAACAGGCAAAUUUUUGUCACACUUGUAAUUUCUUUGUUUAUUCCUCACUUUUUAGUGCUGCAUAUUUGUUAAAUCCAAAUGCUUUCCUGACCCCAUUCUUCACAUUUGUUUGAUUAGAAUCUUGCACCUCAGGCUAUAUAGACUGCCAGAAAGGUUUGAAGAUGUCCGCUGCGCCUGUUUCCUCCUGCUCCUGUUCUGUGGCAAAGCUCAGUCCAAAGGGUUAAUCGUAGACCAAGAUUGGAGAGUCUGGCAAAAUUCUGGGAUUGAAGCAGUUACCUUGUUAAUUGCAAACAGCAUCAACUACUAUGUAAUUUGAUCUUUAAUGGAAUAUAGGGCAGGAAACCCUAAAUUCUGCAAAGCAGAAGGAAUGUAUGACUGCAUAUGCAGCAGCUGCAUAGGCUUUUUUAAAAAAUUGAGUGAAAAAUGCUGGUGUUUUGCAUCAGACUUUUUAAUUGUCGCAUUUAAUGACUUUACAGGAGUAGGAAGCUAAUGAGUCAAUUAAGGAGGCAAUAAGUAUAUUAAGCGGAUACAAUAGCCAUACAGCCCAGGGCAUGUUUUCUGUUCUGUGUGGGGUUCCCCCACCCCACCCCGCAUGCUCUCUUUUAAAAUUACCCUUAAACGGUUAAAACUUUAUAACAUGCAGUUGUUUGCAUGGGGGAACAAAGGACAAGGUAUUUUAAAAUGUUUGUCAAAUGAAGAGAUAGAAUCUUUUUGUCUCACACAUUGGUAUAUGUGCUGUACAAUGUGCAAUAAAGCAUUCACACAACUUGUGAAAAGUAUUUAUAAUAACGUCUGUGGAUACUAAAGACGUUUGGGGCAUCCUGCGUAUUUGUUGUUAUAAGGACUGAAGUUAGACUAGAACUAUGUUAAUUCUGAAGGGUUUUUUUCUGGAUGUACACUACAGUUACCACUUUGGGGGCGAAAUCCAUUUGGGGGGAUGAUGUACAUAAAUUUGAUAUUAAUGAUAAAUAACUGUCCUAAUUCCGUGCUGUUUGGUACUCUUGUGAUAACCAUAUUUUUGUAUUUCAACCAGUUUUAUAUAAGUUUGUGUGCCUGAUAUGUAAUGUGUGCACAGAAACACUUUACAAUCAAGAAUUGCAUUCUAAACUUCCUGCGUACAGAUUGCAACUUAAAGCCUUGUAUAAACCAGAAGAAUUAGCCGAAAGCAUUGAUUUAUGGAGUGUCGUUUUCAAGUGUUUAGACAGAAGUUAGCUAAAGGAGAAUGUUGAAUGUGACUGUUUGAUUUUGUUGAUGUAAGGAUGGUUUUAGAACUAUUGUAUUCUCAGUUUGAUGCAAGAACUGGCCUUCAAGGAGAGGUUACUGCACAUGAUGUGCAAUGCUAAAAAGCCCAAGUAUAAAUAAAGAGAAGCUUUGAAGCAUUUA